CUGGCUCGGAGCUGGGGCACGAUCACGGCCGGAGCUCGGUCAGCAGAGUUUCCUGUUAGCAGACAUGGAAAGGGAUGCGAUGCUACCGGCUCCAGUUUUGCCGUAGCAGGGUCGUCAGAGGAGAAUCCGGACAUGGGAGGAGGGCCUUGUGGGGAGUUCGAUUGGGCAAACGAACUCCCCGAGCACCAGAGCCAGGCCCCGCAUUUGCAGGGAUGGGCGCCGGAGACGAUUAUUGUUCAGCGGAUCCAGGCCUGUGGAAUGUCGAGUCAGCACGUCCACAGCGGAAAUGGCCUGGGCCAACUCGGAGCGUCGGGGGUCGGCCGAGAAACGCGGGUCCUCCGGAGAAGUCGGUCGGCCCAUGAUCUCAUUGGCCGGAGGUGCAUAAUGCGGAGACCCCGCACGCCAUCGGGCCCUGGCCUGACGACAUUGGAUGCGCUAGACAAUGCGCAAGAUGAUGAUGCUUCAUUGGGUGCUGCGCUGCGUUGUGAGGCGCUCGUCCGUUUCCAAAUGGCGUGCUCCGCAUCUUCAAUGACUUCAUGGCAAAACCGUUGA